UUUAGGGCUAGGGUUCUUCGUAGCGAUGGCUUCCACGAGCAACAAGGCGAGGAAAUUUGGUACGCCGCUCUUCUGCGCGGCCUGGGCGAGCGCCGACAGCACAGAUGCAUCCGUCGCGCAUGGGAUCUCGUAUGCGAUCUGCGGCGGCGGAGGUGGAGAUUCGUCCUCUGGCUUGCGCAACACUCUGGUUCUCGCUCGAUACGAUGCCGAUUCCAGAGAGCUCAGUGAGCCGCUCGAUACGCUCUUCACGGACGAUGAUACGGCCUGCGCCAUGGCUAUGCAUCCCAAUCGCAAGGAGUUUAUCUGCACGUUUCCAGCGACCGAGAGGCAUAAUGGAAAAUUGAGGCUUCUGAGGCUGACUGGUGGAAAGAACUUGCGAUUAGAAAAUGUCGAGCGGGAGCUGAAGCCAUUGCAAGAUCUAGGCGAGCAGCGAACCGUGAAGUUUAGUGCCGAUGGGAAAUUGCUUGCGGUGGGGGGUCAGGAUGGACACUUAAAAGUUCUCAAGUGGCCGUCUCUGGAAGUUGUUCUUGAUAGAUCUGACGCGCACCGAUCGAUCAAGGACUUGGAUUUCAGCUUGGAUGGCUCGUUUUUAGCAGCUACCGAUGACGUUGGUCCCUCCCGCAUCUGGGAUUUGAAAACGGCAUCUCCUGCUGCUGCGCUUCCUCUAAACAAAGCUGGAUUCUGCUGCUUCUCCAGAGACGGAGCGAGGCCUUGCCUUUACGUUACUUCAGCUGAAGAUUUCAAAGGCUACAUAACAACCUGGAAUACGAAGUGGAAAAAAGUUGGAUCGAGGAAACUAGCGAAUGAACCCAUAUCAGCUCUGACGAUCAGUCCCGACGGGAAGCUCUUGGCAAUUGGAAGCUCCGAAGGUGAGGUGUUUAUCCUGAGCGCGAGCAAGCUGAGCGUUCUACAGCGGAUCAAGCGUGCACAUAUGGUCUUCGUCACGGCAUUGGAUUUCUCUCCCGAUAACAGGGCUUUACUCUCGGUUUCUGGAGACUCGAGUGCUCGCGUAACACCUUGUCAAACACCACAAGGCUGGAGGACUGUUGUGAUUCUGUGGAUCAUUCUCAUCGCGUUGCUCUUGGCUUUGAUUCUCAGCCGGCGAGGCUCUCUCGAGUUUUUCUCAAGCGCUUCAACGCAUUCGUCCGAGCACGAUAUGAUAUAGUUGAGUGAUCUUAAGAACAAGGAUCACACACUGUACGGUAAAUAAUGGUUGUGUCCUUGGAUCCCAUUUGUCUGGGCCAUGUGGCUCAAAUAAAACGACCACGUUCUUA